AUGGAGAGAUCUAUGUCUUUUGAUCAAAAUCGAUUCUCAAGCCCGGUCGUUGUCUCUUGCAACGGCCUCGAGAUCACCAACAAGAAAUUGUACAACAAAAUCAUUCUCCAUCUACGAAAGAAGAUGGCUAAGAAAAAUCCGAGAUUUACUCGACCGCCUUUUAAAAACAUGAACAAGGAGAAAAAGAAGAAGAGUAUCGUAGAGAUAACCAAAGAAUCUUCAACCGCCGUUCUCAAAUCUUCCGCCGCCGCCGCCUUAACCAACGACGGAGGAGUAAGAAAUUUGUCGUCGUGGGUCAAAACUCAAUUACUUGGAAGAGGCACUUACGGUUCUGUUUAUCUAGCUACAAGUGUAAACGACAAAGACAAAACAGAGAGAGCGAUCAAAAGUGCAGAGCUUUCACGAGCUUCUAGACUCAGAUACAUCCACGAUCAAAACAUCAUCCAUUGCGACAUUAAACCGGAGAAUCUCUUUCUCUGCCCUACCGAUCACCGGUUAAGAGCUAAUGGUAAUUUGACCAAGAUUGGAGAUUUCGGUUUAGCUAUGGAGAAAGGGUCGAUAGAGUACGGUGACGGAACCGGUCAUAGGAGAGGCACUGCGAGGUAUGUGGCUCCAGAGACUAUGAGCCAUGGGAUUGUGGACUUUGGAACAGAUGUGUGGGCUUUUGGGUGUACGGUUUUGGAGAUGUUAACCGGAGAAUUGAUUUGGGGAGAACAUGGUGAUCUUGGUUUCGAUGAUUGGGUCGAUCUCAUCGGUCACAGUGAUUGCCUUCCUCGUAUACCGGGUUGGUUGUCUAAAGAAGCAAUAGAUUUUUUGAGCAGAUGCUUGGAGAGAGACGUACACAAGAGGUGGUCUAGCCAUUCACUCACGAAUCAUCCCUUUGUUAGGCUGUGA